CACACCCACCCCCUGGGAGAGGGGACCCCGCUGGGAGCCGCUGCCACGUCGGGAUGCAGCAGUAGGUGGCUAAGGAGGAUGGCGUUCCUGGGAUUCUUUCUCCUCCUCCUCCUCCUCCUCCUCCUCACCAACACCGCUGCCCGGGGGGAGUAUGGCGUGGUCCACGUGGUGUCAGAAAAUUGGAGCAAGGACUACUGCAUCCUGUUCAGCUCCGACUAUGUCACCCUGCCCCGGGACCUGCACCACGCCCCACUCCUGCCCCUGCACGAUGGUACCAUGGCACCCUGGUGCCCAGGCAAGGACUCCUCCCGCCAGGUCCGGCCCGGCGCCCCCCGCCGGCGGCCCCUCCGCCACACCACCGCCAUGGUCAUGAGGGGCAACUGCAGCUUCUAUGCCAAGGGCUGGCUGGCUCAGGGCCAAGGCGCCCACGGGCUGCUCAUCGUGAGCCGGGUCAGCGGCCAGCAGUGUUCAGACACCACCCCGGCGCCCCAGGACCCCCACCAGCCCCUGCCCGGCCUCACCAUCCCCGUGGCCGUGCUCCGCUACAACGACAUGCUCGACAUCCUCCGCCACACCCACGGCAGCGCCGAGGUCCGCGUGGCCCUGUAUGCGCCCCCAGAGCCCGUCCUCGACUACAACAUGGUGAUCACCUUCAUCCUGGCCGUGGGCACCGUGGCCGCUGGCGGCUACUGGGCCGGCCUGACCGAGGCUGACCGGCUGCAGCGGCGCCGGGCCCGGGGGGGAGGGGGGCCCGGCGGUCACCACCGGCAGGAAGCAGUGGCCGCCCCGCGGGGACAGGAGGAGGAAGACGAGGGCGCGCCGGUGGACUUCACGCCGGCCAUGACGGGCGCGGUGGUCACCAUGUCCUGCUCCAUCAUGCUGCUCCUCUACUUCUUCUACGACUGCUUUGUCUACGUCAUGAUCGCCGUCUUCGGCCUGGGGGCGGGCACCGGCCUCUACAGCUGCCUGGCCCCCCUGGUGCGCCACCUGCCCCUGCAGCAAUACCGCUGGCCCCUGCCUGGCCACCGCGCCUGCCUGCAGCUGCCCCUGCUGCUGCUGGGCGGCCUGUGCGCGGCGGUGACCGUCCUCUGGAUCGCCCACCGGAACGAGGACAGCUGGGCGUGGCUCCUGCAGGACGCGCUGGGCGUGGCCUACUGCCUUUUGGUCCUGCGGCGCGUGCGGCUGCCCACGCUCAGGAACUGUGCCUUUUUCCUGCUGGCCCUGCUGGCCUUCGAUGUCUUCUUUGUCUUCGUCACGCCCCUCCUCACCAGGACCGGUGAGAGCAUCAUGGUGGGGGUGGCGGCGGGCCCGGUAGAUUCCGUGAGCCGCGAGAGGCUGCCCAUGGUGCUCAAAGUGCCCUGGCUGAGCUUCUCAUCCUUGACCUUGUGUGCCCAGCCCUUCUCCAUCCUCGGCUUCGGUGACAUUGUGGUCCCUGGCUUUCUGGUGGCCUACUGUCACCGCUUUGAUGUGCAAGUCCGUUCCCGCCAGGUCUACUUUGUGGCCUGCACGGCGGCCUAUGCCGCGGGCCUGCUGGUCACUUUUGUCGCCAUGGUCCUCAUGCAGAUGGGCCAGCCCGCCCUGCUGUACCUGGUGUCCAGCACCCUGCUCACCAGCCUGGCCGUGGCCGCCUGUCGCCAAGAGCUCGCCCUCUUCUGGACGGGCCAGGGCAGAGCUAAGACACCCGCCCAGGCUGUGGCCGGGCUGCGUGGCGCCCCUUCAUUUGGCUCCGCGCAGAAGCGGGAGGAUACGGCAGACGUCCACACAGCCAGCAAGUUUGAGGGGGCCGCCAGCCACCUGGCAGGGAACUCAGACACCAACCUUGAAGAGGACACAGCCGAGAUUGCCACCAUAUCCGAGGAUGAAGCCGCUGGUCCGGAUGGCCACAGCGAUAGCUCUGAAGGCUGGAGCGAUGCCAGCCUGGACACUGACGAAUUUCCUCGUGCCUCCCCUGGGGCCUCGGAGUUGCUGAUACCUCUGAUGCCACCGAUGCCAUCGCCCUCAGAGCCGGGCCACGCGCAGGCCCGGGCCCACGACGCCGGCCUGCCCUGGACGGGGCUCCACGAGAGGAAGGGCUUGAAGGUAAAGGAGAGCAUGUCGACCCAGCCUCCCUUGUGAACCAGCACCCGGAGACACGUGCCUCUAGAAGGUCCGGCAGAAUACCUCAGAGCAAAGCCACACGCAGUCAAAAGGAAAUCAGGGCAUUAAAGAUAUUCCGUGUCUACCCAA